AUGGAAUCUAGUGUUAAGCCUACAACGAGCGUGAAACUAGUGCUUUUGGGAGAGGCCGCAGUGGGCAAAUCGUCACUUGUUUUGCGCUUUGUUAGCGAUGACUUUCAGGAGAAUAAGGAGCCGACGAUCGGAGCGGCCUUUUUGACCCAAAAAUGUACACUUGCCAACCGGGUAGUCAAAUUCGAGAUCUGGGACACUGCCGGCCAGGAGCGAUUCGCCAGUUUGGCACCCAUGUACUACCGCAACGCUCAAAGUGCAGUCGUGGUCUACGACGUCACAAAGCCAGCCUCGUUCAUCAGAGCCCGGCACUGGGUCAACGAAUUGAAGAGCCAGGGCUCGCCCAAUAUUAUUAUUGCCCUGGUUGGAAACAAGCUGGACUUGACCGGAGAGCAAGAGGGCCAGGAACCCGGUCCAGUGGUCUCUCGCGAUGAGGCGGCCGCCGCAACAGGCGAUUUACCCGGCCGCAAGGUCUCUUAUCAGGAGGGCGAGAAGCUGGCCCAGGAAGAGGGCCUAUUAUUCUUUGAGGCCUCGGCAAAGACUGGCUUCAAUGUGCGCAAAAUCUUCCUCGCCAUUGCCAACAAAAUCCCUCUAGAGACUGCCAAGCCCUCCACCACCGGUCAGAUCGGAGGGGAACGUCCUCUGGAGCUCAAUCAGGCGUCGACGCAAGACACAAGCUGCCAGUGCUAA